CCGUCGAUCGAUAUAAAUACAGAUGUAGAUAUCGAGGAUCAACAUCAUCUUCAGAACACUUUAAUUUAAUCGCCGGAAUCGGUCAAUCGGAGAAGUAAAGAUGCACGGUUGCCUUUCUCACGAGGUAGAAGUGAACGUCCCGGCGAGCACGGCUUGGGAAGCCUAUAAAGGCCUCAAGCUCGCUCUCCUCGUCGGCGAACAGCUCAAAGACGUUCUUGAGAAAAUUGUGGUCAUCGAAGGCGAAGGCGGACCUGGCACUAUCAUCGAGCUCGUUUUCAAGCCAGGCAUUCCCGGGAUCACCUCUUACAAGGAGAAGUUUACGAUUGUCGAUCAUGAGAAGCGAAUCAAGCAGACGGAGGUGAUCGAAGGAGGAUAUCUUGACAUAGGAUUUACGCACUAUGGGGUUCUGUUUGAGGUGAUCGAGAAGGGCGCGGAUUGCUGCAUCACCAAAGCCACUAUUGAGUACGAUUUGAAGGAAGAGUUCGCUGCGAAUGCUUCCGUUGUCUCCAUCCAGCCUGUGCAAAUGCUCCUGGAAUUCGGAGCCAAGUACCUCUUGGAAAACAAGAGCUAAGUAAUGAACUGCUAAAGAACAGAGUUCAGACGCCAGAUCGAUGCUGGUGAACUGUGCUAGCUCUGGAUCUUUGGUUACGUCUAUCUUUCUUUCUAUGCAUAUGUAUGAUCUUCUCUCGUAUUGUUUGUUUGCAAAUCCUUGUUCGACACCGUUCGCCGGAGUCUUGAGAGGAACCAUUUGCCAGCGAGCAUCUAUCGUCACUUUCCCCUUAUAAUUUGUGGUUUUCUCUGUUGUACUGAUCUGAUCGCAUCCAUAGGUUUCCAUGUGUAAUCGGUUGAGUUGAAUAAAUUAUUAACAAUAUCAACUUCCAAACUA